CCAGACUGGCAAAAAACCGCCACAAGGCCACUGAAAUAUAUUACUUCCCUACCUCGUUUAGAAGUACGAGGAGUGGAUACUGCGGUUCUGGAAAAUAAGACUGCCCGAGCAUCUCCUCCCCUUCACUGGCCCCCCUCACACUCCGGCGAAUCGAGAGGCAUGACAUCAGAGCUUUAAAAUAUCCCAGUUUCCUUUUUCUCCUCUCGCUGCCCAGCUGGAGGGAGACCCUUACAAUAAUUCUGAGUGCAUGAGUUCCGUUAGAGGUAUAGAGCUCUUCUUAACUACAAGACUAAAGCAGCUCCUGCUACACCCUGUGAGGGACACACAUAUCUUUGUGUGUAUAACGUAAAAAGUGACGAAGAGUAGAGGACUCGUCAGGGCUUAAACCCAACCUUUUGAGAGGAAAAAAAGUAGACCGUUAGCAGCUGGCGCGAGCUUCCAGACAGAAAAAGAAGCGCCCAGCCCGUCAAAAAGGACUUUCCAAGGACUGAGCAGUAAAAAAAUCUUAUAUAAAAGUUGGUGCAGCAGCAUUAUGUCUUUCUCAGUACCACAGAACGGAGUGAAAGAGGACAAAGAACCAGUCAUUGAACUGUUUGUGAAGGCUGGUUAUGAUGGCGAAAGCAUCGGGAACUGCCCCUUCUCACAAAGGCUUUUCAUGAUCCUUUGGCUUAAAGGAGUGGUCUUCAAUGUAACAACAGUUGACUUGAAAAGAAAACCUGCUGAUCUGCAGAAUUUAGCUCCAGGAACACAUCCUCCUUUCAUCACUUUCAAUGGUGAGGUGAAAACAGAUGUUAACAAAAUAGAAGAAUUCCUUGAGGAAGUGCUGUGUCCCCCAAAGUAUAUGAAGCUUGCAGCAAGAUACCCAGAGUCCUACACUGCUGGAAUGGAUAUCUUUGCCAAGUUCUCGGCAUAUAUCAAGAAUUCAAAGCCGGAGGCUAAUGAAGGCCUGGAGCGUACACUCCUAAAGACUUUGCAGAAGUUGGAUGAGUAUCUUAACACACCUCAUCCAGAUGAAAUUGAUGAGAACAGCAUGGAAGACAUCAAGGUGUCCAGUCGCAAGUUUCUUGAUGGAGAUGAGUUAACACUAGCUGACUGCAAUCUUCUGCCAAAGCUGCAUAUUGUCAAAAUUGUUGCAAAGAAAUAUCGUGGUUUUGAAAUUCCCAAAGAUAUGACAGGGAUUUGGAGAUAUCUCACCAAUGCCUACAGCAGAGAUGAAUUCACCAACACAUGCCCAGAUGACAAAGAAAUUGAAAAUGCUUAUGCAGAUGUUGCAAAGCGACUUACCAAAUAAGCAACUCUACUGUGAUGAGAAGGACACUCACGAACAUUUGAUCACAGAAUGACUCUUAACACUGUUUUCUGAGUAUGCAUUGGCAUAAUAGUAUUGCAUGAAAUAUGACUGAAAUUUCCAGGUGCUAGGAUUAGUGAUAGAGCAGGUACAGUAAUGGUUUAAACUGCAGCAAACCAGCCAAGCAGCUGUCUGUUUAUUGUUGUCUGUCUUUUCCUUAUAACAGCAUAAUGUGUAUUCUUCCUAGGGCUUUUCUUACUUUACUAAUUAUGUAAUGCCACUAAACUAAAUUAUGUUAUCAUCUCUCUCUCGCCAUCCUUUAUUUUGGUUGGAGUCCCUGAUUUACACUAAAUAAUUGUUCUCAGUGCUGUAAAGACUAUUCAGAGUCAGCAGUUUGGGAGAAAGUUAUUUGCGACAUUUACUAGGAAAUGCACCAUACAUUAUUGAGAAAAAGAUUUUUAUUUGGAAUUGCCUGUCUCUUGAGUUUAGGGAAAAAUGAUUUUAAAAGCAAGUAUUGACUGCAGCUAGAGAAUAUAUGUAUUUUUGGUACCGUGGCUGGACAGCUUACAGUGAAAAGAAAUUAGUGUAAUGGGGAUGUGAAGAGAAUGUUUAAAAGCAAAAUGAAGAUGUAAAGAUUAAUUUGAUGUGAACAAGUACAGUUGAUCUUAAGCUAUUUUGCUAGUUAAUUUCAAGACAUCACAGACUUUUCUACGAUAGUUUGUUUCUGUCAUAGUCAUAAUAAUGAAGAAUGUGAGAUGUAUAGACUAAUAGGUCUGAAGUAAAUAUUUCAUUAUAUUCAGAAACAGUCAUGCAGUGUUGAGUAAAAGAUUGCAGAUACCAGGAUUUAGUUUUGACUAAGAGACUUAAUUUGUGUAGGUAGUAAGGUAAAGGAUAGUUUAUUUAGCAUCUAUAGUUGUGGACUUUAGCACAUUUUAAUACAGUGGUCAGUUUGCGUAUUGAAAUGACUGUACUGCACUAGUGAAAAAGGAUCCUUCUGUUGGUAUUUUAAGUCUUAGAUUGUUAAUCUUUUAUGUUUUAUUUCUGCUGUUCCUUGUUUGAUGUACCUAAUGUAGAUGGAUGCAUAUAAUUACUGUGCUAAUGUAAAGUUAUAUACUGUGCCAUUCCAUACAGAAGUUUCUGUGUGCAGAAGUAACGCAAGCUGCUGUUUCAUUUGCAAAGUCAGACAGGUUUUCAGCUACACGCAAGGUAAUUUUUUUUAGUUACCCUGCACAACACAGGGAGGGUGGUAGAGCUGUGAUUAACCUUGAAUGUGAGACACAGUACAAUUCUACCUGUUGCCAACACUGCCAGACUGCCAAAGCCACAGUUGUAAAACAUUAUUGUACAGCUCAGAGGCUUGUUUUGGGCUUUACAUAGGAAAAUAUCCUGUAGUCGACUUAAUAAAAAUUUUUAGCCCAGUU